ACGAAUUAGAAAACAAGCAAUCAUAAUAUCCACAGGAUCGGACCAUGAAGUCUAAUGCAUAUAUUUGUGUCUUCAUUGUUGGCGUACUUCUUGUCACCUCAGCCUUCGCUACUGAUACAUCUCAAGAUGAAAAGAAGAGCAACGAUGUGAAAGACGCCAACAAAGAGGAGGAAGCCUUGGAAACCAAUCAGUACUAUGGAGGCCGCAGGUGUAGAUACGGUUGCUGUGGUCGUUUCGGCCACUUUGGGUGCACCCGUUGUUGCAGACCAGUUGAAUUGGGCGAUGCCGAACCAAAUCAAGUAACAGCUGAAGAUGCGGAAGGCGGCGGCUAUGGCUACGGCUACGGAGGAAAUGGUGGUGGGUAUAGGUACGGCUGGAGUGGAGGUGGUUAUCACGGCGGAGGGUGGGGAGGACGCGGUGGCGGCGGCGGCAGCUGGGGAAGAGGCCACGGCGGAUGCCGUUACGGUUGCUGUGCACACAACAGAUAUGGAGGCUGCAGCUACUGCUGCCAUACUGCACAAGAAGCAAAAGACUAUGCGGCGGAGAAUGAAGCCCAGCCUUGAGCACUCUUAGCUCACUAGCUUUACCAUAUCCUUGUAGUAUAUACUAAUACAGAAAGUAUGUAGCACGUACAAGCUACCAUCCUUGUGGCUAGCUCUAUUACGUAUUCACAAUA